CUCUACGUUUCUCUCAUGAUAAACAUUACUUAAUGAUUUGGGAAUUCUCUUUCGUUCUGUAUCACUGGUGAGACAUCGGGAAGUAAAAAUGGGCCGUCGUCCUGCAAGAUGUUAUCGUUAUUGCAAAAACAAGCCGUAUCCUAAGUCACGGUUUUGUCGCGGAGUGCCAGAUCCAAAAAUUAGAAUUUUUGACUUGGGAAAGAAGAAGGCUAGAGUAGAUGAUUUUCCACUAUGUGUACAUCUAGUAUCUGAUGAAUAUGAACAGUUGUCAUCUGAGGCUUUGGAAGCAGGACGUAUUUGCGCCAAUAAAUACAUGGUUAAACAUUGUGGUAAAGAUCAGUUCCAUAUUCGUAUGAGACUUCAUCCGUUCCAUGUUAUUCGUAUUAAUAAGAUGUUGUCGUGUGCUGGAGCUGAUAGGCUCCAAACUGGAAUGAGAGGAGCUUUUGGUAAACCUCAAGGUACUGUUGCUCGUGUACAUAUUGGUCAACCAAUCAUGAGUGUCCGGUCAUCUGAUCGUUACAAGGCUGCUGUUAUUGAAGCUUUACGUCGUGCUAAAUUCAAGUUCCCUGGUCGUCAAAAAAUCUAUGUUAGCAAAAAAUGGGGUUUCACCAAAUAUGAUCGAGACGAAUAUGAAACGUUAAAGGAAGAUGGAAGAUUAGCACCCGAUGGUGCCAAUGUUAAAUUCCGCCCAGACCAUGGACCAUUGGAUAACUGGAGGAAAGUCCAAAGGGAACUACUUGCUGUUUAAACUUUUAAGUAUUUCUUGUAUUGGAAAUUAAUUAAAACAUUUUUUUGUGAAA